GAUCCUCGGCGCCAAAUAAAUACGCCAGAGCUGUGCCUUGGCCAAGCCACGUCGCAAAGUCCCUUCCCCAGCUUCCCCUCCUCCGCGUCGUUCUGUCUACCAGCACCAAGUCACUUUAAAAGCCUCUCCUACAACCUCAAACGACACCUCGACGAAAGCUAUACCUACGAUGUCUGACGAACGAACUGUUUCCCAGGGCCAGGCUUCCAGCUCCGGCGGAAGGAACAGAAUGGUGGACUCUGUGCAGACCAAGGCCCAGGAAGUCCUGCAAGAGGACUACGACAAGGCCAGAGGUUUGGUCGCCGAUGCUGCCAAAAGCAAGGCCUACCUGUACCCCAUCAAGGGAAUCAUCUACUUCGCAACCCACCGAACGCUGUGGAAGCCCCUCUUGUCGCGCAUCGGAUCCUACCUGCUCCUGUCUGCCGGUGUCGUCACUGGCAUGUUCGUCUUCACCUACGUGCCACAGCUUGCGCUCCUCGUUUUCGUCAACGGCCCGCUAGCUGUCUUCACCACCGUCUUUUUGAUCCUGAACGAGAGUUCGGCAAUCAUCAACUUCCUCUCGCGAUCCUUCCUACUCCAGGACGCGAUCUUGGACACCUUUGACGGCACUCUUCUUCUCAAGGAUGAGGACGGUAUUGUGAGGGAAGGCAGACAGCUCAGGCCCGGGUCUGACCCCAUGCAGAAGCUGGGCAAGGUUCUCAAGAGCCCCUUUGAGAAAUACAGCCCCAAGGCUCUCAUCAGAUACCUCAUCUACCUGCCCUUGAACUUCAUUCCUGUCGUGGGAACCGUCAUCUUCAUCUCUCUCCAGGCUCGUAGCAGAGGCCAGGCCGUCCACGGUCGUUACUUCCAACUCAAGAACUGGUCGUCUUCCAGAAGAGCCGACUGGCUGAAGAGACACGCCGGACCUUACACUGCCUUUGGCCUAGUCGCAACCGCCCUCGAGAUGAUCCCUUUCGCUAGCGUUAUCUUCACAUUCACAAACGCAGUCGGUGCUGCUCUCUGGGCCGCCGAUAUCGAGGCCAAGGAUACUUCCAUGACGGAUAGCACGGCUCCCACGCUUCGAGAGACGGCACAAAAGGCCGAGUAAACGACGGAUGACUGCAUCGUGGAGUCAUCUCUAAGUUUUUUUUGGCGGGAUCGGCUUGGCAUUAGGAGAUACCGACCCCUCUUUUGACCGGAUCUUCGUGCCACAGCAUCUUGACAGCAGUGACGGAUUCAAUGCAACAUGGGCCGAAGCUUUCAGCUGAACAGCACUUACAAUUCUCGUCGGUGUUGUUAGAUGCGCGAGGCAUAUCUAACGAAGCGUACGUUUAGAAGCAAUCGAUGAAGAGGAGCUAAGAAGCUCCGAACGAACACGAAAGAAAAAAAGGAACUUUUACCGUAAUAAUUAAUUUACGAACUUUAACUCUGCGCGUUACGGUACCUUUGAUGUCCCACUCUUGAAGUCUUGCAUUAAUUUCGGCCGCCGCGACUUGUCUUGGAGACUGCAGCACCGGCUUUGUUGUAGUUCGUAGAACACCAGCUAGAUAAUCGCGCUGUAGAUCGAGACGUUUGCC